AUGGUGGAGUCCGUUCAGAUUAAUGACUUGGAACUCACCUUAAAGCCUUUCUAUCGCAGAGCUUCUGAAGCCGAGGAACGCUUAUCUAGACUUGAAGCUGCCAUCAAUAGUAAAAAAGAUACUGGGAAUGAGGAACACUUGAAAAUUGUUAAUUAUCUUCAGUCAAAGUUAGAAACUGCAAACGCUGAGUUAGUUUCAGAAAAUCAAAAGGCUCAGGUGCUUGCUGCAGAAAACGAAAAACUUCAAUACCGUAUAGUUCAUCUUCUGCGGUCACUCAAGAAUGCUGAUCUGAAAUUAGAGCAAGUUAAAGCGCUGGAACAGCUGGAUAGCUUGAAAUUGCAAGAUUCUUAA